AUGCCCGUCAGGAUCCGCUUCGCCCGCCAUGGCCACCGCAAAAACCCCAUCUUCCACCUCGUCGCCAUCAACUCCCGCCGCCCCCGCAACGGCAAGCCCCUAGAGCUCCUCGGCGUAUACGACCCCAUCCCCCGCAUCCGCGAUACCCUCCCCCCGCCCCCUGCCGCGAACGUCUUUGCCAAGGGCACAGAAGAGAUGAUCAAGAAGGAGAAGAAGGCCGAGUUGAAUGUGGAGAGGAUAAAGUGGUGGUUGGGCGUUGGGGCGGAGCCUACGAGAUCGGUGGUCAAGCUUUUGGAGAGGGGUGGUGUGUUGACAACACCGCACAAGUGGCAACAUAUGUGGUCACCCCCUCCGCCUGGCGCUGGUCAAUCAUUACCAUCGGCGACAUCAUCAGCAGAGACAGCAUCAUGA